AUGAGUCGCACGAUUCUGUUCACAGUCGCGGCUUUGCUGCUCAGCCAGACCCAAGCUGUGCCUGACCGGUCGCCGAAACCUGUCGUUCAAGUUACCACCGAUACCGUUCGCCCUGGUGAGCUGGCUAAUGUCCACCUGGAAUGGCUUGGCAAAUCACCUAAAGCUAUUAAAGCUGUUUACAACUCGUGCCUUGAACCCGAUGGGUCAAACCCGGAGGCAACCAUCGGCCAUUAUACUAUCGAACAACAACCUCCCCAACGCCUAGCAUGGGCAGUUCCCAGCAAUGCUCCAUCUGAACAUUGCAUUUUUGUAUACGGCGAGAAUCAGAAUGGGGAAGCAGACCAGAUUAUCGGCAAAAGCAAGCCUCUCCAUCUAGAACGAAAAGUGCAAAAAAGAUCUACUGCCGAGAUGGAUCUUCCCCUCCUGAAAGACUUCGACUCUCUUGGAACCUGGUUUGACGGAGUAUCUGCUAUCAAGCAAAAAACAGAUAGCAACGGGGGUGUUGCAUCCGAAGCCUCGUCCAAGAAUACUUCGAUCGCGAUUGUCGGUGGUGGAAUUUCAGGUCUCGCAACCGCUCUCAUGCUUGAAAGUGUCGGUCUCCAUAAUUGGGAAAUUAUCGAAGCCAGCGACCGGGUUGGAGGACGAUUUCGAACAAAAUACAUGGCCGACACUCAGGAAUGGGCAGAAAUGGGCCCGAUGCGACUCCCACAUUCCGUCACCUACAAAGACAAUGAGACUCUGCUGUACACCGACCAUCAACUCACCUUCCAAAUGGCCGAAAUUCUGAACAAUAUGAACAAAAAUGACUCUCGCUGGAAAAUCGACUUCAUUCCCUGGGUUCAGCAUCAUCCUAAUGAGCUCAUUGCCCAAGGCACCCGUCGACACCCUGAUGGUCGCGUUCCAACGCGGGGAGAAAUCGAGGCCGAUCCAAGUUUGAAGGAUUCACCAACUAUGACCAGUGCGGAAUACGAUGGUACCCAAGAUAAGAUGGACAAGAUCUUGCAAAAUACAACAACCCUUAAAUUGAUCCAGAAGAAUGUAUGGCAAGCUCAUAAGAUUGCUAUGGAUGAAGGCUUGGAUGACUGGAGCGAACAGGCCAUGAUGCGCCAUGUCUUCAAAGCCAGCGAGAAUGUGACCGAUCAAAUCUUGACGGAUUCAGACUAUGAUGUUUUCUGGGAUGAGCUCCAUCACAACUCCAAUCUCGGCCUAGAUGGAAGCCCUGGUUCCUUAGGCGAGACUCACUGGCUUUGCAUCGACGGAGGCUUCAGCCGACUUUCCGAGGCUUUCAUGCCCCAUAUCAAGGAUAGACUUAUUCUUAACCGGAAAAUUCGGAAGCUGGAGUCUGUUCAAGGUCCGAAUGGAACAACACGCUCGCGUUUGUCUUGGUAUCCAAGUAUCACCAAUCGAACCUUCGAGUCAAAGGAAUAUGACUAUACAAUCAUGGCAGUACCGUUCACUAUGACUCGCUUCAUGGAUCUGCCAACUUUCUCCUCGGUACUGGGACGCGCAAUCAGUGAAGCCGGAGUGCGCUUCAAGUCCGCCUGCAAAGUCGCUCUUCUCUUCUCGGAGCGUUUCUGGGAGAAAGGCGAGCGACCCAUUUUUGGCGGAUACUCAAAGCCACCCAGUGAUCCAGUCGGCGCACUUUACUAUCCUGUGUACGGUUUGAACGAAUCGCGCCCUGGUCUAAUUAUGCACUAUCGCGGAGGAGACUGGAGCGAUCGCUUCGUCAGUUUCUCUGAUGAGGAACAUGUACAAACCGUACUGGACUCGAUAGUUUCACUACAUGGCGAACAGGCUAGAGAUCUCUACACUGGUGACUACGAGCGUCUCUGCUGGCUUGAAGAUGAACACACUGCGACUGCCUGGUGCAGGCCGGAUAUCGAACAGCAUAAGCUUUAUAUUCCGGCUUACCAUAAGACAGAGCAUAACACAAUUUUCAUUGGAGAGCAUACUGCCCCGACUCAUGCCUGGGUGAGCUCGUCAUUGCACUCGUCUGUCCGUGGAUCUGUUCAAUUGCUUUUGGAGUUGGGGUUGGUGGAUGAGGCAAAGGAAUUGAACAGGAAAUGGAUGGGUCGUUGGAUCAAACUAUAG